ACGCUUCUGGGGAAGGCAGGUACAUAUGAGGAGGAGGACGGCCUCGCUCUAUUUUGUAAACAAAAAAUCUGAACCGCAGUCCCUGGGAUGGGCAUCUUUUGACUCGAGUGACUAAAGGGAAAAAAAAAAUCAAUGAGCACGCCUUGCCAAUGUCGACUGAGGCACUCCUAGGUGGGGUGCGGGCGAGCCGGAGACAAGCUAAUUCCUGAAUGGGGCUGAGUCCAGAGCCGACUUACUGAGGGAGGGGGGAGGCGGCACACAAGCAUACCGGCUGCGAAACAUGCGGCAGUGACAUUCGAACUAGGGCAAAGCAGACGAGCAGGAAAAAAGGUAUCGACGAGCGUCCGAGGAAAGGUCUGCAUCUGUGGAGGCAACAGACAGGAAGCAGUCAUGAGCUACACCUCUGGUGGAUCUGCGAACGGCUCUCCUGUGGGAAGCCUUACUGGACAUGGCAGACUCAGCGCUAAAGCAAUCUACGAGCAACGGAAGAAGUAUUCGAGUACAAACUUCAUCUUGGCUGACACCUCUCAGUACUCUGUUAAUCAUCUAGUGACCUUCUCAAUUGACCCCAAUGAGAAUGUGCGGACAGUGGAGGAUGCACUUCGUAAUCUGUCUGCUAUGGAUGCCAAGGGUAAGAUCUGGACACAAGAAAUGCUGCUGAAGGUGGAAAGUAACAAGAUCACACUCAUUGACAUAGAAUCUAAGGAUGACUUGGAGACCUUCCCCCUAACUACAGUGCAGCGCUGUGAUGCCAUUGAAGGAGAAAAGCGCUUCCCUUCACUGUUACUACUUGUUUCUCAGGAUAUGACACAGCAGAAGCCAGAUGUCCAUUUUUUUCAGUGUGACAAUGUCGGGGCCAGACUCAUCUGUGGUGACAUCAAUGGUGCUGUCUCCGAUUUCAGAUCUGGGAAGAAUGCCAUGAGGCCCAAUGCCCUGAGGUUCAGCCAGGAGAAGAUGGCAGAACAAGAAAAAUCUCCCCCCAAGCAUGCUUCUGUGCCUCAGGUCAUCCAGCCAACUGCGAUCUACAGCCAAGUACAGAAAAACCCUGAGAAAAAAAAGUCUCCCCCAGGUUCUAUGGGCCCUGUGGGGUCUCCUGCAGAGAAAGUGAAUGGUGUUGUUCCUGCGCAGAAAGACUUAUCAAUAAUCCGAUCAGAGAGAGAUGUGGAAAUCCUCAAUCACAUUUUUGAUGACAUUGAACUCUUCAUGGCAAAGCUGAAGAAAUCAAAGGAAGCAUUGCAAGUUCUUGACCAGCGUAAAAAAUCCAGGAAAUCUAAGAGAAAGGAAGCGGGAGAGGGAUUACUGACAGUGAGAGCACGUCCCCCAAAUGAAGAAGAGUUCAUCAGCACAUUUCAGAAGUUCAAAUAUGCCUUUAGCUUGCUGGCAAGAGUGAAGACCAAUAUUAUCAACCCAAACUCUCAGGAACUUAUCCACUUCUUGUUUCAACCAUUAGAAACAAUAAUAAACCACUCUGGUGAUCCUUCCAUGGCAAGCAGUGUUGUAAACCCCCUUUUGACAAAUGAUGCCAUUAACCUCAUGCAAGACACACUUAACCCAAAGGAAAUAACCCUGUGGAAAUCAUUAGGGGACUAUUGGACCAAACCCAGGUCAGAAUUCCCAAAGAAUUCUAGUGUUUCACCCUAUGUCCCCAAAUUCACAAGUGGCUGGGAGCCGUUGAAUUUAGAUCCAGAUGGCCAUCCCUGGGAAGACUCGGUAGAGCUGCAGCAUAAACAUGAAGAACUGCGUUUGCAGCAAUCUAUGGACCAGGCUGCACAGCCACCAGUCACAAAUGGACUUCAGGAGAUAUCCGAAAAGCAAGUGUUCUGCACCUAUGACUUUGUGGCCCGGAAUAGCAAUGAACUGUCUGUGUUACAGGGUGAGCAUCUUCAGGUGCUUGAUGAUUCCAAACGAUGGUGGAAGUGCCAGAACCGUUAUGGCCAAAUCGGUUAUGUUCCUUUCAACAUUCUUGAGGUUGUGCCUCCUGGGCAACUUAAAAAUCGCAUAAAUCUGGAGAGGGAUGACCCAGUAGCAGGUCUGAAGAAAACACCACCCCCAACUCCACCAAAAAAGUCACACCGUCCCCACAGUAGCUCACAGGGUAGCUGGGACUCCACAGAUGGCCCACCAGUUGAUCAAAAGGACAAAGACCGACAGUCGCAGAUGGCAGUAAUGAAUGAUGAGCUUCUGCAACAAUUUUCUAAGCGAAACACUGUUCACACAAAACAACUUCAUAUCCCCAAGUCCUUGGACACGAAUGUGCCACUAAACUACGAGUCAAACCCAUCUGAUGUCAAGAACUGGCUGCAUGCCAAGGGCUUUAGCGAAAUAACGGUCAACUCACUGGGAAUUCUGACAGGAGCACAGAUAUUCUCUCUCAACAAAAAUGAGCUGCGCACUGUUUGUCCAGAGGAGGGCGCCAGAGUCUAUAGCCAGAUCAUGGUGCAGAAGAGACUGCUAGAGGAUCAAAAGCUGGCAACAGAACUUGAAACUGUAAUGAAGAAACAGAAGAAAAAAGUAGAUGAGAUGACACAAAGCGGAAUUCUCUAAAGUAAAGGGGACUCUGCUGUUUGUAUAUUUAUCUCUCUCUCUCUCUCUCUCUCUCUCUCUCUCUGUCUAUAUAUAUAUAUAUAUAUAUAUAUAUAUAUCUGGAGAAAGAAACCAACAAAAAAGCAACGCUAUAGGAUAUCCCAUCUGAAAUCAUUAUUUUGAUAUAAUCCCUGCAUGAUGCUUUGGGAUGUUUAAUCAAAUCUUUUAGUAAAUACAUUUGAAUCCUGUUGCUGGCAAACUUUAGCUGACUUUGAAAUCCAUUCCUGUUGGGACUUUUAAAGUUUUAAGAUAUUUAGAAUUCUUGAAGGAUAUCUUUUUUAGUUCGAUUCUCCAGGUUUUGCACAAGUACUUUCCUCCACUGUUUAUAUAAACCCAGCUGUUGCUGAUAUUGUCCAGCUGUUCCAGUUGAAUUAACCAGUAAAAUGCAUUAUGGGAGACAACAAGGAGCGUGUUCCCAGUAUAUUAAUAAAUGUAUAUAAACCCAAGUGAAACAACAUCCUCAUUUCAAAUUGUAUGUUUCCCUCUUUAAUGUGUUGCAACAUUGUAUUUAAAUUUCUGCGUUUCAGUUUCAUGGUUUAGUUCAUAGAUGGCUGAGUUCACUGAUCAACAUGCAUACUGGUGGGAUUCAGUAUCUUUUAAAAAAGUGCUGAUAAAUCUUAGAGUUUUUUUAACUGUCAUUAAAUUGCCUCCUAACCUUCCAGAGAGGACCUAUCCUGUUUGGCACAGUUGUGGUCCUAGAGAGCUUCCUUAGGCUGUCGUUUCAUUUCAUCCAACUUCAUCGGGCUUACACUUGUAAAGCCUUCUUAAUUGAGCUGCUGCUUUUACAGUUUGUGAUGGUUGGGUCUUCCGCAGGCUGGCUGGAGCAUUAAACACGCCUGUCACUCUCGGCCUCAUUGCUCCAUCACUUGUUUUCUCCUUCUUUCCUUGUGGCUUGGGGCUCACAAUUUCAUCUGGGAAGACUGAGCAGAAAAUCUGUAUGGGACUUCAAGUGUGUUGUCUUUGUGCAGCUUGUGCAGUGGCCAGCCUUAAAUAUCUAAACUCGGCCGGAAAGUGUCUGAGUAGACAGCUUCUCGCAUGUAUCGGUAGGUCUGAGUUGUAUCAUAGUAUGUAUCGCUAACUAACUGGAACAGACAGCAGUGUGUAUGCUCAUCCAUCAUAUACACAAUGGUGGCUGCAGACAGUACAACCGUUAAAUCAGUGCUGGAGUGUUCAUAAUCAAUUACAUAUCCUAGUAGCCGACAAAAUGCCAAAGACUAAACUGGAAGAGGCAACACUGAUUGGCAGAGGCAGGUCACUAGAUCUGGAAAAGUGAAUACUGGUGCAAGUAUUACCUACAGGACGCUGUGGUCAAAUAGCCAGGGAGGGCAGAAAAAGUGAAGAAAAAACCCAGCUGGUGAGAUGCUGGAGGACCACAGGGUUUCUAAGGACAAACAAAUGCCCAAAUGUACGGCAUGUGCACAAGUAGUUCCUGCUGUUUUUACUCUAGAAGGUUCAAUGCAGUGGGCGUCCUCCACAGUUGGAGUGUCCUUAUUAAUUCCAACAUCAUAGGCUGCUGCAGAGAACUUUGAUCAGAUGGUGAGAAACGUAGAUGUUAGUAAUGUUCACAUUUCAGGAGUGCCCUGCCUCUGCCCACAGCCCAGCCAUCCACACUCGCUGUGAUAAUGUUCACAGAUCACCCGUCUUUAGGAGCUGGCGGGCAGCAUGGUACAGAGACUAAAGCAAUAAGUGUGAAAUUAGUUCAGUUCCUAUCUGUGACUUUGACAUUACUCGUGUUCCAUUUGUUAAAAAGUAUGAACAUUUGUACUGAUCUUGUAUAAGUUAUCUUAAAUAAAGGUGUCGGCCAUCUACAGUUGUACUUGAA